GGGAGCAUUGUAUAGUGGAAGCAGCAAUAGGAGGAAAAUAAAGAAAAGGAAAAGUGCUUCAUCACGCAGAAAAAUUUACUUUUCUCCAGGAAAAAUGGGUGAAAGUGCUGGAAAUUGGUGUCUCAUUGAGAGUGAUCCGGGAGUUUUUACAGAAUUAAUAAAGGAAUUCGGAGUCACCGGAGCUCAAGUUGAGGAGCUUUACUGCCUGGAUUCGGAGCAAUUUAAGAAUCUCCAUCCGGUGCAUGGGUUGAUCUUCUUGUUCAAGUGGGUGCAGGAUGAUGAACCAGCUGGUUCCGUGGUGGAGGAGGGUGACAGUCGUCAGUGGAAUAUUUUCUUCGCAAAGCAGGUGAUCAACAAUGCCUGUGCUACUCAGGCAAUUCUCAGCAUUCUCCUGAACUGUACCCAUCCGGAUAUAACGUUGGGUACAACGUUGAGCAACUUCAAGGAGUUCUGCAGUAGCUUCGACCCGUACAACAAGGGCCUAACGCUGAGUAAUGCUGCUGAGAUUCGCUCCGUGCACAAUUCCUUCGCCCGGCAGACCCUCUUUGAGCUGGACUCCAAGACCCCCAAUAAGGAUGAGGAUGUCUUCCAUUUUGUCGGCUAUGUGCCCAUCGAUGGAACACUGUAUGAGCUUGAUGGGCUCAAAGAUGGCCCCAUUGAUUUGGGAAGCGUUGGCCCGGGGCAGGAUUGGCUGGAUGUGGUGAAGCCAAUCAUUGAGAAGCGCAUGCAGAAGUACAGCGAGGGAGAGAUUCAUUUCAACCUCAUGGCCAUUGUGUCGGAUCGUCAGAUGAUCUAUAGCCGUGAAAUUGAUCGGCUGAUGAAUCUCCCGGACACGGAGAUUGACAUGGAGGCGCGUCAGAGUGAGAUUACACGCCUCCGGAUGCUGAUUGAGGAUGACAUUGGGAAGAAGAAUCGCUACCGUGUGGAGAAUAUCCGGCGGAAGCACAACUACCUGCCGCUCAUUGUGGAGCUCCUGAAGAUGUUGGCGCAAAAGGGCCAGCUGAUGCCGCUCUAUGAGAAAGCCAAACAGCGAGCUGCUGAAAAGGAGGCCACCAAGACAUCCUCCUAAAUCCCUGCUUAUCCCCCCCCCUCUCACCCCCUGUCUUAAAAAUUCAAGCAUUUUUCUAAUAAAAAUCAAUUUUCUCGGAUAAAAAACAAAA